CGACAGUAGUAGUGUGGGUCGAGCCUCUCAGACAGUCACACAGUCACUCACACCUCGCAGCAGCUAAGACGUGAUCGAAGGAGCGCCCAUUAUUGUGGUGGCCUUCCGACUAACUUAGAUACACGAGGGUGAACUAAAGUAUCUUAACUACUACUUUAAAGUGACAGUGUAAACCUCACCUGAUUAUAUACAUAUAUUAGUAUACCUGGAUUUAAAUCACCUAUACGGAGACUAUUGAGAUGGAGAGAAGCUACGCCACUUGGAGACGGGGGGUGAGCACAGCUGGUUCUGGCACUACUAUGGGCGGGCUUAGCCACCUGUUUACCACGCCCACAGCCAGAUUCUCGAUAGCGACACGCCCACCGGGGAUAAUACCUUGGAGAUGUUGGUCAUCACUCCCAGGGCCUCCCAGCUUCCCAGCAUAGUUGUUGUUUCAGGAGGAGGAGGAAGACGAGGAGGGACGACUGGGGAUGACCUUGUUAACUACUACCUUCCUGUUAUCAUGGCUGAGAUGGCUGCCUCUGUCUCAACUAGAGAUCCAUCGAUAAUCCGGGUGAGCUGUCGACAGGGCUUCAUGGAGGACCUGGUUGGAGGGUGUCGACCUGUCUUCGACCCCACGCCCUACUUCCCACACAACACUCGACCCAACAGACACACGAGCGUGGCCAGCAUCCUGCCGGUGAUACGCUCCCCACCACGAGUGACGCGCCCUGAACCCCAGACACAACGAGACCUCAUACGUCAGUUCAACAUCUCCCGAGGAAGACCUGCAUGGUUCGGUCGAAGCCUCUCAUACCAGAAGGACACCACCAACAGUAAAGGUCCUUCAGACAGCACUGGAAGACCUCUGAUACCCCGACCAGUUACCACAACCACCACCACGCCCUCGCCCGACACCUCAACACCUGACUGUGACGAUUAAGAUUAUAUUUUGUUUCCCUUCAGCUAGGACACAGGGAGAACUACUUGACCAGUAUUUAAUUCCGCGCUAUGGAGGCGGAGUUAUCCACCCGAUGAUAUUAUUAUUAUUAUUAUUGUUAUUAUUAUUAUUAUUAUUUCUAUAAGACUCACUAAGACUAAGCUUACAUGUUACACAGAAGAAUCAGUGACACUUAAGAGACCCCAUAAGUGUUUACCUGUAACAAAACAUUAUAAUAUGUCCAGCAAAGAUAACGAGAUGCAGCGUCGUCAAUCACUAUACGUAAUACUAUUCGAAAAUUUAAUUAAGUCGUUAUAUUUCAGUAAUAAACAUUUAUAAACACUUGAAUAAUUGUUCAUCAUGCACGGUCACUAGUACAAAAUGUUAACCCAUGUUCAUCGUUCACGUUCCUACGUACAGAACUUAGAAUCAGUAUAAAAAGGAGAGUUUAACAAAUACACUGUAGUUCUGUUGUAAAAAUCAUACCCAAUAUUACCAAAGUACGUAUCAGCCGCUGCAAUAAUUAUCAUGUACAACUAAAACAACAAAUCGGUUUUAAUUAUUUCCCUUAUACCGUGAUAAAAGCAGUUGUACAAUAAGUUAACAGUGCGUGACAUACAUACGGAGUUCGCCCGCUCUCUGUCUUCCAUAGUAUGAGUAAUAUUAAAUAGACAUUUGAAUUAGCCACCCGCCGCUUUCUUUACAUUGCUCCUCCCUCAUCCAUAAAAUCAUUACAACUAAAUUAAAAUAAACUUACAAUUUACCUUAUAUGUCUGGUGAGGGAGGAACGACGACUGUUCUAUAGUUAAACGAAUUUAAUUAUCAAUAACAUCUCAUUCAUAUUCUUUACAUUGUGCACUGAACGUAAUAUUAGUUGCCCGCUGUAGAUGGUGUUUCAAAAUCAAAUUAUCACUUAUAGUUCCCGUGUUGUCUGUAGUAUUUUAAAAGUCCAUACCACUUUGGAUGUCACGGUCACAGAUCAAGUCAACCUACUGCCUGAUGAUGCAUUAUUAAUAUCAUGCGGAAUUUAUAUUUGUGAACAUUUCUCAAUAUAAUUCUUCACUUCGUGAUUAAUAUUAAACAAAUUAGUUGAUAUUAUAGUAUUGUAUAUAACGGAUAUAAGUAAUUAGAGAGAAUUCAUCAAACGCCUGGCAGAGGAAAGAACAAACAAGCGGGUUAUUUAACAGUGUGCACGUGGCAUUAAUUAGUCUUUAAAUUAGGCCUAUGUUAAACCUUAAAGAACUAUAAUGAAAAAGCGUACGUUAGAAAAUAAAAUAUCGGCUCUCUUACCCUCGAAUAUAAUAAAUGGUACUCUUAUGUGUGAACGUUAAUAUACACACGAUUCCUUAACUCUUAAAAUUCCCUUCCUUGUUUUCAUCGCUACUGAGGAGUCUUAUUUAGGCUUUAAGCUUUUUUUUAUGAAUUAAUCAAAUGCUCUCUAACGAUUUCUCAGUAGUAUCCUCAUCUUUAAUUUCAAGUAUCUGUGGUCUUCCCUACUUGUAAGUCAUUAUAUUACAGGCGGGAAGAUGUGAUGAUGGAAGCCUAGUGGACCGCCCGCGACCAAUUCCUCAUUAUCACACGACGAUGCUAUUUUUCAAUUAUUUAUUUCUUGCUAAACAUUGUCUCUAUAUCAAUACCCCAGAUUUAUAUAUUUCUUUAGUAAACUCUAAUGAUUUCUAGGUAAUAAAAUGUUAAGGAUAUCAGAAAUUUCCUUGAUAAUUGGUUCAACAAGUCUGAUAAAUAGUAUGUAAGGUAUAACUUGCACACAGACAAAAUAAUAAAUGAAUAAGUAAAGAAGUAAAUUAAUUGAUAAAUGUAAUAAAAACCGAUAAAUUCACAAAUGAUAAUAGAUUAUUGAUAAGAAAAUAUAAAUAGACGCAUUACUAUGGUUUUCUCCCUUAAGCUAUGAUAAUUAUACACCGUUUUAUCCAAGACAAUUCGAAUUAAUCAACUGGAUGGAUGUUUAUUUGAGGUUGUCAUCACAAGGAGAGGCAGGACAAAAUAAGGGAAAAAGUACACUCAUUGCUUCACCCUUGUCUCAUCAUCAACCAAAUGACUAUGAACUUAAAAUAUUUCCCAAAACAUAUUAACACUAUCAAGUCAUUCACAUACAACUAAAUAUAUAAUAGAAAAAAAUUAAUGAAUCAUUGAUAUAGAGUGUCAAUCGACUUUAUGGUUCCUCCCGGCUUCCAUAGAUAGUUUAGUACUGUAGACAAUAAUAGACAGGGAGACACUCAACUGUUACCAAUGUUGUGGCUGUGUGCGUCGGUGUGUGUGCGUGUGUGUGUGUGAUUUUCCUUUCUCAUCAUUCUAGUAUAUAUUUCUUAUGAAUUUUCUUCCACUUGUCAGUUUUUUUCUUUACCCAGGGGUAUCUGAUAUCAACGAAUGUUUAAGAGUCAACUGAUUAUGCAAGAAAAGUUUCCCUUAUGUAACUGACAUUGUUGCAAAUGUUGUGUCAUCCAGCUUGCCUCUUCUUUCAUGACAUAUAUAUAAACAGACAAAUGUAUAUAUGUGUGUAUAUAAAGACCCAAGAGUGUUAGGCUGGAUAGAGGUGUAUCAGGGUAGUAGAGGGUGCGAGGUGGGAGGAUAGUCUCACUCACCUCUACGCCCUCACUUGUAAACACACUCACUCACUCACUCUUUUUUUAUUUUUGUACCUUUCAUAAUCUAAAAUUAAGGUUCAUGCGUUACAACCGAUCAUGUCUAAUUAAAAAUGUAAAAAAAAAAAAUAAAAAAAUUAAUUCGAUUCCUUUUCUCAAAAUGCUGUACCCAACCAGUCGACUUACAAAUUUAACAGUGUUUUUCAUACAAUAUUUCAUUAAUUUAAUCCAAAAGUUUUCUUGACUUCAAAACUACUUCCAAAAAGUUAUUAAGACACGUUUUUUGUGUGUCUCUAUCGCCAUAAUCAUAAGUAUAUUAUGUUUGGUCACAUUAUUGUUGCAGAAAACAUUAUUUUUGUAUGGCUCCGGUCGUUACAUUACCAAGUUACCAUGUUGAAUGUGCAAUAAAACAUGCAGUAUA